GCCAUGCGUUCGAUUCUUCUGAUUGUUCUGCUGUGGGCGGCGGGUUCUGCCGCUGUUUGUCAGUUUCAUUUGCGGCAGCCGAAGCCAACGGUGUUCAAGCAGGUCGGUACCCGAUCUCUGUUUCUGAGAAAGCAAUUGGACACAUUACAGCUGCGGGACAAUGAGACGGCCACCGUCCACUGUCCCACAGGUCUCACCAUCGCAAUGAGCGAAUACAACGCGGCCACCAAAUUGGUGGGAACAGCAGCCGAGCUGGUAUGUAAGAGUGGCGGCAUCUACUUGGGAGACAAGCAAUUGAUGCAAGUUUCGAGCGGCUAUGUGAAGUGCAAUGCCGAAUAUAGCCAAAGCAUCUACGAGAGCCGCAAAAGUCUGGCCGGCUGUCCGCAGCAGGCUAUGAAUUUGGCCAUUGGCUACAAGCUGCAGGGUGAUGAUGACAUCAAGACAGUUGGAAUAUGCUUUGAUCUUCGUACCAAUCAAGUGAGAUUUGUCAGCUAUCUCGCGUAUGCGCCGUCCAAUGCUGCCAGCUAUGGAUACUGGAACAACGAAGUGAACGCGCUACAACUGGACACCUAUAUAGGCCAGCUUAGUGACUAUUUCAAGUUUGUGAGCACCAGUCAGUUCGAUAGUUUUGUUAAAAAACAGCCACAUCUAGGCGACUUGUUCAACUCGAUUUUCUUUGAAUACGCGAGUCUGCUGCAGGAAGAGAGACCGGUCUUCAAAGAGGAUGUCAAGAGCUACAGUGCCAUGUUCAAUGUGGUCUGGUCAAGUAGACUGCGCUCGGGCAAUUGGCAACACUUCCUCAAUGCAUUGAGUGCCGCCACUGACUUUGUUAAGUACGAUAUUCGAGUUGGCGUUUCGGGUGUGGCCAAACUACCAUUGGCCCAUAACUGCAACAUGUCACGGAGUUUGGUUAUCAGAACACCUGAAAUGGAGUCGUUGCCAGUGCCGGAGCACAUUUGGGCGCGUUUGCGUCCACUUCAGCCCACCACGGGCGAUAUCUCAGAGUUCGUGAUCGUCGCUCACAAUUCACCCUACGCCAACCUUGAGGACCUGAACUCGGUAUGUACGGACAUUUGCGAUGAAAUUCCCUGGCUGCGAGACAGUGUCUUUGGGCAAUUGCAUCUGGUGCCCAGUUAUGGUGUGAUGCACUGCUGCCUCGCAGACGAUAUAGACAGGAGGAAGCUUAUCGAUUUUCCACUGGAGUCGCCACACACGGAGAAGAAGUUUGAUGAUUUUUUGAGUUCUGCUCAAAACAGCACGGCAAAUAGCUUGUAACUCCACAUACACUCGGCUUAAAUCAGGCACCAAAAAUAAUGCUUAUUUUGCUUGUUUUUUUUUAAGCGAAGAAAUCAUUCACUUUUAAUAACUUUGAGAAGGCGAGGAAUAUCCGUUUUUAUGGAUUGUCUAUGCAUUUUCACCAUUAAAUGAGUAAAUUUUAAUUUUUAUUCAUUCGCCCACAAUUUAAUAACUAAUUUCAAGUUUUACAUUAAAAAUUAACCAAAACUCAUUAUUGAUGAGCAAAAAAAUAAAACUUAUAAAAUAUUGAUUAAUGAUAUUUAAAUGUUUGUGGAGAAUAAAGAACAUUCAACAAAACUAA